AUGAGCCCAAAAGAACGAGAAGUUAAAAAAUAUGGAUCUGAUAAAAAAGAACAGACAUCUCUUUCUUAUAAAGAGUUUUUAUUAAAAUGUGAAAGUGAAGAAGAGUGUGAUUAUAAAACAAAAAUAAAAAUAAAAAUAGGAAAUAAUCAAAGAAUAAUGUUAUUAAUUAGACAUUACAAUGAUGAAUAUUAUUUAAUAAUUCAUCAACAAAAAUUAAUAGUAGCAUAUCCAAUGAUAUAUAGAAAAUUAGCUCCUCAAAAAUCAUUAUAUAGUUAUAAAGAGUUUUAUGAAAAGGGUGAUGAAAAAUAUGAAGUUCAAAAUAAAAGAGGAAAGGAGAGAUGUGAAAAAUAUGAUUUUAGUAAUCAUGAAAGAACAUCAAUUCCUAUAUUCGAAGGAUUCAAUGAUAAGCCAUUUUCUAUUUGUUGUUCUUGUAUUGAUCUACCUCAUUUAUAUGAAUCAAUUAAUAAUAUUUAUUCUGGGAUACCAAAAAAUAUGAAAUUACACUGUCCGCGUGAUAAUGAAAUUAAUAGAAAACUAUAUAAAGAAAGAAUGGUAUCUAUUAAAAAAACGAUUAGGCAUUUAUUGCCUUUUUAUGCGAUAUUUCGUUUUAAAAGUGAUGUAAAAAUAUUUCUCGUUUUUAAUAUUACAAUUAUUAAAAAGGAAAAAAGCUUUUCCGAAUAUUACCAAUUAUAUAAGGAUAAAACUGAUUUAACUAGUUUAAGUCAUAGAUAUGUAUUAGAUGAGACACCACAACAUAUAAAAUUAUUUGAUGAUAAAAUAUUUAAUAUUGAAUAUUCCUCAUUUGCUUUUGAUAAUAUUAAUAUUCCUACUAUUUAUAACAACUAUUUAUUAUAUCCAUUUUACCCAGAGGAGUUGCAUAAUAUAAAAUAUGAUACAUUAGAUUAUGGGUGUUCUUAUAAUAAAUCCAUUAAAUUUGAAUGUAUUGAAAAUGAUGAAACAAAAUGUAUAUAUACAAAUUCUACUUGCUUAAAAAAGUCUCUUUUAAUACCAAAAAACUAUGUAUCGGAUAAAAAUGAUGUAUGUGGAUUAAUUGGAUAUAAUGAUGAAUCUAUUACAAGAAAUGAGAAUUGCAUAGAAGCAUCAAGAUGUAUAAGAAAUACUGUAGAAUCAUAUUUAAAUAAAGCUCAAGAAAUUACAAAAGGAAAUGAAGAAAUAAUGACAAAAUUACCUAUUAUUAAUGGAAAAUAUCCACAUUAUAUUUUUAAAAAAAAAAAUUAUGAUAUAGACACACCAGAUAAAAGAACAAUUAAUUUUUUUUCUGAUCUCAAUAUAGAUCAUUAUAUAGCAUAUGAAUAUUUUAAAGAAGACAGAACAGAAUUUACAAUAACUAUAAAAAAUAUAAAAAAAAAAGAUAUACUUCAAAGUUAUAAAAAUUUUGAAUAUAAAGAGAAAAAUUUUAAAAGUAAUAAGGAUAGUUGCAACUCUACAUGGUGCACUGAUAAUAAAGCUAAUAUGUAUUAUAAAACUCAAGAUGAACCAAAAUUAGAAGAAAUAAAAGAAAAUUUAUAUGAUGGAACUGUUUUUUAUUUAGAAACUUUAAAUGAGUUAAGAAUUAUUAAUAUUUUAUAUUCUGAUAUAUGUGAUGAAUUAAAUAAAAGUUCUUGUGGAGUGCUAGUUCAUAUAUGGAAUCCCUCUAAAGAAGCCAUAAAAGCUAGGUUAAAAUUACAAUGCAUUUUAAAUGUGGAAGAAAAAUAUAUUGACGAAAAAAAUCUUGUUUUUGAAGAAGGUGUUUAUCAAUUUUUACAUUUUUUUAAGGUUCCUUUAGAUAAAUUUGAAUACUUCAGAAACUGCACUGUUUAUGCUUAUGGUGCUUUUAAAUUAUAUGAUAGCCAAACUUAUGUUCAAUAUAAAAAAGGAUUUUUUAGAAAUCUUUUAAGUGAUGAAACUAAUGAUGUUAGUGGAAUCAAAUUUUAUUCAGAAGGUAUCAAAAGAUUUAUUUGUUGUCAAGAAGAUGUUCAAAUUUGUAAAAUUAAAAAUAUUCCCAUAUGUGAUACAAGUAAUUCCUUUAAUUUAAUCAAAAUCUUGAUUUCCAUAUUUUUAAUUUUUUUUAUUCUUAUUCCUCUUGUAUAUUAUGCUAAUAAAAAGAAAAACAACCGUAGCCAAAUAAAUGAUAGCAAUAGUAAUCAUGCUUCUUUUAAUAAAAAUGAAAAGAAUAGAUAA